GGGUGGUUGGUGUAUUACUGCAGUAAAUUGACAUCGUUUGGCGACAUUUUCUUACACUUGUCGUGUAUUUGAUUCUUAAAUAGGGUUACUGGAUUACAUUUCGGCCAAAUUUACAGAAUUUUUGCUUUAAAAGUAAUUUACAAACUAAAGCUAUAACCUCAUUCCUAUCUUAUUUUUGAGUGGUCUAGCCUGCCCAGUUGUCGACCGUAGAUGCAGUCCUAACGAAGGUUCUAAAAAAAAGAAGUGGUCUUUAGUUAGUUUUGUUGUAUUAUUUCUGAAUUUAUUUUAGUUGUUAACUUCUGGCCAAAACUAUGGCUUCCUCUGAUGUUGCUCGACAGCCGAAUAAAGGACUCCGACCCCUGGGUCUGGCGGGCCAUGUGGGCUUUGACAGCCUCCCAGAUCAGCUUGUCAACAAGUCCAUCUGCCAGGGCUUCUGCUUCAAUAUCCUCUGCAUUGGUGAAACCGGUAUCGGCAAGUCUACUCUGAUGGACACGCUGUUCAACACCAACUUUGAGAACUUCGAGUCGUCCCACUUUGAGCCUCAAGUGAAGCUGCGGGCUCAAACCUACGACCUGCAGGAGAGUAACGUCCGGCUACGCCUCACCGUGGUCAACACUGUGGGCUUCGGAGACCAGAUGAACAAACAGGAGAGCUAUCAGCCAGUGGUGGACUACAUCGACAGGCAGUUUGAGAGUUAUCUACAGGAAGAGCUCAAAAUCAAACGCUCUCUUCACAACUACCACGACUCGCGAGUCCACGCCUGCCUUUACUUCAUCUCCCCCUCGGGUCAUUCACUCAAAUCCCUGGACCUGGUCACGAUGAAGAAGCUAGACAGCAAGGUGAACAUCAUCCCAGUGAUCGCCAAAGCCGACACCAUCAGUAAGAGCGAGCUGCACAAGUUCAAGAUCAAAAUCAUGAGCGAGCUGGUGAGCAACGGCGUCCAGAUCUACCAGUUCCCCCUGGACGAUGAGACCGUGGCUAAGGUCAACACGACUAUGAACGGUCAUUUGCCGUUCGCUGUAGUAGGCAGCACAGAGGAAGUCUCCGUCGGCAAUAAGAUGGUGAAGGCUCGUCAGUAUCCGUGGGGUGUCGUUCAAGUGGAGAACGAGAGUCACUGUGACUUCGUGAAGCUGAGGGAGAUGCUGAUCUGUGUGAACAUGGAGGACCUGAGAGAGCAGACACACACUCGCCACUACGAGCUGUACCGACGCUGCAAACUGGAGGAGAUGGGAUUCAAAGACACCGACCCCGAGUCCAAACCCGUCAGCUUGCAGCAGACUUAUGAGGCCAAGCGUCAGGAGUUCCUGGUGGAGCUGCAGAAGAGAGAGGACGAGAUGAGGCAGAUGUUCGUGCAGAGGGUGAAGGAGAAGGAGUCUGAGCUGAAGGAGGCUGAGAGAGACCUGCAAAGCCGCUUUGAGCAGCUGAAGCGUCUCCACGCAGAUGAGAAAUCGUCUCUGGAGGAGAAGAAGAGACUCCUGGACGAGGACCAGAGUUCCUUCGGCAAGAGAAGAGCUGCCGCCCAGCUGCUGCAGGCCCAGAGCCUCACCGCCAACGGCAAGAAGGACAAAGACCGCAAGAAUUCUGGCUUCAUGUGAAGACGCUCGGAUCUGAAGAACACUCCAGUAUGACCAGUGACACUGAGGCCACGUCCUUCCCAUUCCUCUGUGGCCAGUCUCCCACACUAACCAGACAAACGCCACACAAACCAGCAGUGUGUGAGUGUGUUUGUGCCAAAGUUUAAUGUCUGUACCCUUUGUGUGUGUAUACACUCUCCUUUAUGGUAUUUUUAAUGGGUUUUAUACCUCUCUGUAAUAUUUUAUAUUUAUCUUUUCAUUUUUAUAUAAAGCCUGUAUUUUCCAUAUACUUCCCUGUUUUUAUUUUACAGUGUAUUGGACCUCUCACAGCCUCCUCACUAGAUGCUGUUUACAUACAACACUACAUUGAAAGGAACAUCUUCACUUCUAUUUAAUCUGCCAUAUGUCUAGUGUAUAAUACGAACACACUUAUUCUGUUGUAAUGCAGCCUUAAGACUUUGCUAAUGACAACAAAGCCAUCUUUGAUAUGCUUUUUAAUUUAUUAUGAAACCCCUUUCAGACAUGUGCUCCAUAAGGAGAUUUACAUUCUGGUUUCUAGAGUCUACUCGUCAUGAGAGGCGAGUGGCUCAUUAAUGAAACGUCAGCGAUAAACAAUCCGUUUUCCAUAGUGUGAGCACUGCAGCUCUCUGUGUAAUAGUCGUUACAGAAUAAUGACUCCACGGAGACCUUUUGAUAUUUAACGGAUGUGGAGCUAAAUGCAGCGGUGUAACAGAACUCGUGUCUGAAAAGGGCUGAACUGAUCGUUUCUGAAGGGCAGUUUAGUGCAUUCAUCAGUAAGGGUGGGCAUAAUCAUGGUCACGGGCAUUAUAAUUACUCAUCCUUUUUCUGUAUACGGUCUGAUUUCUUUUCUAUCAUUGAUGCUAUAAACUUUAACUACGAGCACACCAGCGUCACACUACUUCUCCUGUUGCUGUUCCAACGGGACGUCUCUUGUCCAGGUUUCUAGGAGGUUGGGGCUGACGCUUGGUUUUG